GAAGAAGACUUUUGAAUCUUGUUGUCUUACAUAAAAGAUAUGUAGAAUGUACCUAAAUGUCCUUUAUUUUUGUGAUCUUAAACAUGUCAGUUGCCAAAAAAGGAAAGUGGCAAUCUUUUUAAAACAAACUAAAAAGGAAUGUAAGACAAACAAAUUGAAACAGAGGGAGUAUAAAUUUUUUGUUAUAAGCACCGAGUAAAAUUUGUGAAGUAGCAGCGUAGUUUAAUUCGUUGUUGCGAGUUCUUUGUUACUCCCUCCGUCCCAAAAAUAUUGUCUUAGUUUGACUUGCCACAAAGUUUAAGAAAUAAAGGAAGACUUUUGAAAUGUGUGGUCCAAAACUAGCCUUAGAUAUUUGUAUGGUUGUAAAUCAUCUCAUAAAGUUAAAUUGUUGCUAAAUAUAGAAAGGUGCCAAUCUUUUUGGGACAGGCUAAAAAGGAAAGGAAGACAAUCUUUUUGGGACGGAGGGAGUAUUAUUUUGGUUAUGAAUCCAUGCUUACUAGUUACUACAGUUACAUGCAUUAACUUUUAAGUAAGCUGGUAGUGUUAAAUUCCACGGUGUAAGAUAAUUGAACUGUUCUUUUAUGUAUUAUGUAUUUAUUGGAAAAGUUUCACUUGGACUGAGUCUUAGCUUCUAAUUCUAAUUGAAUUAACCUCCAGGCUGUUUGUUAUAUAAGUCGGUGAGAGGAAAGGUGUAAGAAUUAAUGUUAUGACCGUGGGAGAGAUUAGGCGUGGUAUAGAAGCACAAUCUUGAGUUAGGGCUGAGAUACGCCUACCAUUAUUCGUUCACCUCCAUGAUGUGUGAGAUUAAUCGUACACCUCUAUGAUUGCAAUUGUUAUCGUAGUUGGUGUUUAUCUGAGACAAACUUGCAAAACCAUCAGUUACAACAUUCUCUUAACGCUGGAAGAACUGCUUUAGAUGGCUGAAGGAUUUCCUACUGGUAAUGAAGUUUACCUUUAGAUUUGCAACUUAAGUAGGCAUUCGGUGCUAGAUGCAAUCAUACUAGAGGUUUUUCGGUUUAGCCUACUGUUUAGUCUAUUACUCCUUCCCAAAGUUGCGUCACAUGACUCGUAAGUUCAAAUCCCAGAAAGAAGGUAAUCGGCUUAGAUGAUCUUCUGAGUGAUUUCUACCAAGUGAAGAACAACACACCUAAGAAGGAAUCUAAACGCGCAAAGAUCCAGAAGUCUGAUGAGUCAGAUGAUGAUGAUACCAGAGAAGCAGAGCUUUAUGACUAUGUUAACAAAUGCCAACAACAGAUGAAUGAAAUAAGCACUGAUGAUCAGAUGCCAUUAUGGGGUCUUCAAGUUUUUGGGGGCCAGAAAUCUAUACCCCCACUGACAUUUCCUGAGCUUAGGAGUUGUGUCCUUUUGCAAUCUUUCAUAGCGCAUGAAGUUAAUUCACUGGUUGAACUCAAAACAGAAGAAGGAGAAGCAUUUCUGGAGGGAUUGCUUGUGAACGGUUGGCUUUUGAAAUUGGUCACUAAUGAUUGUCGAGUUGAAAAAUGCAUAGGAGCAUGGGCAUUUAGUCUCAUGUUAUAUUCACCAAAAGAAGAGUUGAGGGUGGCAGCAUGUGAAUUUUGGUGUUCUAUUCUGUUACCUAAAAAUCAGGUUGAUCAAGUAAUGUUUGAGAUGGAAUGGUUGCCGAAUCAUUCAGAACUGAUGCGAGCACUUGAAGUAUAUGGCUUUCUGUUGGAUUCCCCUUUCAAAUCUUCAGCCAGCAUGGAAAUUGUGGAUGGAGAGUCUGAUUCUGCUGGACCGCCUCAAAAUAUCAAAACCUGGAUAAAGUAUGUUUCUGUUUGCUGCCAAGCAAGGACGACACGUUCAGUUUUCUCAACUUCGGAGGUAGAAGAUCUGAUUACCUCAGUGAUCUGUCUCUUCUUAGACCGGCAACUUCUUGGCCUAUCUUUAGUGUUGAAGGAUUGCUUGCACUCGCUUAUUAGUUUCUUUAGUGACGAUGUAUUCCAUUCUAGCUGUCAGAAAAUAGCAAAAUCCCUCACCUGCAGAGUUCCUACUGAUGUCAACUGCUUGAGAUCUGUGGAGAGCGUAGCUGGAGAGGCUACUCGUUCCAAGCAUCUAAGGAGUGUGCUGGCCUUUCAUUUUCUUGUAGCAUGUUUUGAUAACAAGCUACUUGACGAAGAACAGAUUUUGAGAUCUCUAACCUCCACUAAUCUGAAGGAUAAGAAUUGUGAUAUUUUCAAAAUGUAUAUUCAUCUGGUUCUGGCAGAGAACUGGCUGUUUUGCAACCCAUUGUUAAAAGAUAAACCAAUAAUCAGUGAGAUGUGGAGUGCGUGCCUUAGAAACUGUUCUUGUCAAAUCACUAGCACAGAUUUGAGGUCUUAUGCUUCUAAGGUUCGUAGUAAAGCAUCAUAUCUUCUUCAAGGCAGGACCACAACAUGACUUAUUAAAGGUUUAUACUUGUAGAUUUUGUACUUGUAUCUGUCCUAGCGCAGAAAUUCCCUACAGUGAAUCAGGGACGACAAAGUAACUAACUCUUAGCAUAAGAUAUCGAUAUGUUUGAUGUAUAAUCUACAGACGUGGGAUGCUUUGGCGAUUCUUGAAGGAACCAGAAGACUUAUUCUAGUAGCUGAUAGUACUCUUUCUCAUUAGGUGUCCAUCUUCUACUGAUAAAUUUUUGGUAUUGAUCUGCCUGUUUUUUUUGUCAUUCUGGCCCCUCACUAGAUGGAACAUGUACUCCUAUGCAGCUUUGCACUGUACAGCAUUACAAUUUCGUACCUUUUUUGUGGAGAGAAUAUUAAGACAGAUGUGGUUUAGUGAUGCUCUCUUUUGAAA